AUGACAGCCAUUUUUGAUUGCAUUGAAGAAGGCUGCUCCGUCGAUGCGUUGCUAAAGCUGGAUGUGAAGUUGGCGGAAGAUGAGCAGCGCAUCGCCGACACUGUGAAGGAACUCGAAGGUGUGCAGAAAACGGCAUACUCGCCGGAAAACGCAGGCACGCUGGCUUGGCUGAAAAACUUCUUGAGCCGCAGCGGAAGCUUGCGUGCACAGUUGCAGGCGCUCCAGGGCGUGAAGGACUCGGACUUUAUUCAGCAAAUUGUCAAAGCAGCAUCGGUGGCUUUUGGCGGUGGUCGGCCUAACGACUACCCCAAGGUUGGUGUGUCCCCAUACUCUUCAUGA